CCGGCGUAUAACGUAAACCGCGGAGAACACUUUCGGCGUUUUUUUUGAUAUCAAAUAUCAAAAUAAUAAUUAUACUAUCGUUUCCGAGCCGGUCACGUCAUCCGGCCCCGUCUAGGAAACACAGUCCGAUACAGUCAGCAGCACACGGCUGGUUAUCACGAUACACAAAUUCUUUCGUAAAAUAACAAUUAUAAUAUCGUUAACGCGCGACCGUUUGCUGACAGUCGACGUACGAGUAGGAAUCGCCGGCAAUGAACAGCUCGCGAUAAGCACUCCGUUUCGCGCACAAGAAAUUAUGGUGCAGCGGCAGCACAAGUGCGUGGAAGUGAUCGAAAGGUGUCACCCGAACGUGAUCCGUUGUUUCCGGUUCGGAUCUGCAUCGUCGCCGUAGUGGGUACGAUGACGGCACGAGCGUACGUGAUCGCGUGGAUCGCGGCGUGGGCGUCCUGUCCAGCAGCCACCGCCGUCGGCGCCAAGGUGACCAAAUGCUGUCCCAGGGACAUGAUGUUGGCGAUCGACACGUUCUCGUGCACCGGGUUCGUGGCGGACAGCCAGAGCCAGCGCGAGUCGUACGCUUGGUCGUCGGACGACGACUCGGCCGCAGCCACUGCACCGGAAGACUUUACGUUCUCCGUCUCCAACAGCAACUCUAUACCCUGGUGGAUACCUUCCUACAUGGAGUUCCUGCAGGCUUCGAACCUGUCGGCGAAGUUCGAACCGGACAGCCGGUUGUUCGAAAUGGACGGCCGCAUGCCGUGCGACAUAGGCGCCCGGCAGAUGACCAUCAUCGACGAAGACGUGGCCGUGCUGGACGACGGGCGGCUGAUGAUGUUUGGACAGGAAAACCGGUCGGCCGGCGUUUCCGGGCGGCUGACGUUCACCAGCGCCGAGUACUGCGUCGACCGCGUGUCGCUGGUGGACGACAUCACGGUGAACAGAAGUAGCGCCCACAAGACGGCCACGACCGCCCCGGCUACCAGCACGACGCCCGCCGUGACCUCGGCCUCGACCACGACGGCGACGGCGGCGGCGGCGGCGGCGGCGGUCAACGAAACGACGCAGUCCAUCACGUACAGGUACGUGGCGCUCGUGUGCCGGCCGUGCUCGAGGAUGACGUGCGUGCCGAAGUGCUGCGGCAAAGGUCUCAUGCUCGCUUACCAGAAGCACAACAUGAACGACUUCAUCGGGUGCCGGAAGGUGCAGUCCGCGGUCAACGCCACAGCCGCCAUACACAUGAAACUCGCCAACGGCACAGAACUGCAACAUAAGGACCUGUACUUCUACGGCCUGAAGCCGCCGAACUGCGGCACCCGCGGCUGGUACCUGCUUGGCGCGGACCCGAAGAAGACCUCGAAGAAGCCGCAGGCGGGCUACGGCCUGCUGCCGGACGGCCGCGUGCAGGUGGACGGCGGCCGGUUGCCCAUCGAUCGCGACGACUACUGCGUGGACGCGAUGGAGGCCGCCGCGAACACGACGCCGCCCACGUACACGGGCGUGAUGCUCGCCUGCCGACUGGCCGCCGGCGUGGCGGACGCCGCCGGCCCGCUAGCGUUCCGCGAGAUACUGUACGGCGCCUACUUCGUGGUCGGCACCAUAUUCCUGGCCGCCACGCUGCUCAUAUACGCCGUGCUGCCCGAGCUCCGCGUCACCGUCCACUCGGGCAACCUGAUCGCGCACACCGUCUGCCUGUUCGUGUCGUACGCCACGCUGGCGGCCACCACGCUGGUCCGCGGGCUGUUCAACAAAUACGCAUGCGUCAUCGCCGGUUUCGUCAUACAAUUUUCAUUCCUUGCAGCAUUUUUCUGGUUGAACGUCAUGUGUGCAGAUAUUGCAUGGACAUUUAGCGGAUUCAGGCUACUUUUGUCAUCGAAUAAAAUUGAAAACGAGAAGAAAAAAUAUAUCAUUUAUUCAGCUUACGCGUGGGGUUGUAGCAUUGGAAUAACAAUAUUAACAGCUAUAGCUGAAUUCACCCAAUUAUUUAGUGAUCGUAGUUAUAAACCAAAUUUUGGCAAUUACGAUUGUUGGUUUUCUAAUAAAUUAUCAGUCGGUGUAUUCUUUUAUUUACCUAUUGGGUUACUUCUAUCAACCAAUUUCAUACUGUUCUUAUUCACUGCUUUUAGAAUUGUAUUCAUCCGUAGGGGCACGUCAAAAGUAUUGAAUCGUCAAAAUAAUCAUAAUGAUAUGAGGUUGUCGCUGUACUUAAAGCUGUUCUGCCUGAUGGGCGUGACUUUCGUUUUCGAAGUGAUCUCGUGGGCGGUGGAUGCGCCCGCUUACUACUGGUACGCGACGGACGCGAUCAACUCCCUCCGCGGCGUGUUCGUGUUCUUCAUAUUCUGCUGGAAGCGGUCGGUGCUGAACCUACUGCUGGCCCGGGCGCCGGAGUCGGCCCGCAAACGGUUUGUCCGGAUGUUCGGCAUUCGCGAUCCGCACAGGUACCCGAGCUUUUCGUCGUCGUGCCAGCCUAACAAUUUCGGCGCCAACGCCAGCAAGCGGACCCACAGCAGCGGCGCGACGUCAGCGCAGACGGCGAUCAGCGGAUUGCAGCUAUCGCAGUUCGGCAGUUCGUCGUCAGUCGCGACGACGGCGACCGGGAAGAAUUAGUCGGGACGACCGUCGACUAACUUAGAUAUAGAGAGGACUCGUCGUCGUGACACGAUUUUUGGGCGGGGGGAGGGGGUGCACGGAAUGUCGCUUUCAAAACGCGCACGGCGCAUAGUUGAUACAUACAUGGAUAGAAUAACGUGCAUUGUAUUCGUGGGAGGGAUCGAAGGGCAUAAUAUAUAAUAUACUAGUUACCACAAAGCGGUUACAUACAAUCGGAGUUGUGGUAUUAAAAUAUCAGCACUGAUAGUAUUACACUGCAGUAUAAUUACAGUAGUAUAAAGUUAUAACUUUAAAACACAAUAUCAUGACAAAUUAUAGUCGAAUUAGUUGUAUUAUACAACGAUAGUGAAAAAUAAAUAAUACGGAAAUUAAUUGAAUUCAACAUUUCUAGCAGACGGCAAACUAUUUUAAUGUUUUAUUCGUCAUAAACUACAAAACAUAAACAUCAUUAUGGUAACUAUAGUGGAUUCUAUAUUCGAUUAAAUUACCUAUACCUGGUAAUAUCAGUGGCGACAUGUGGGGUUUGCGUAAGGUGGUGCAUAAAUAUUUUUGUGACAUAUAAGGUGUCGAUAAAAUUGUUUUAUACACUUGUCAAAAAUAAUGUACUAAAUAAUGCACAACGAAUUAGUGAACCGCAAAAUUAUCAAAUCGUCAACAGACACAAUCAUCAAUACCAAAAACAAUAACUUUUUUCUUAAAAAAAAAAUUACUUUGAAAAUAAUACUAACUUUAUGAUAUACAUAAUAACUAUAAAUUACAGUUUAAAAAAUAUAAAUUUAUGUUCUCUAGUGCACUAUGUAUAGUAUAAGUCACCACUGCGUAUAUAUUAUAGUUAUAUAGGGCUAUCUUAUUCGUGUAUAUACAUACUAAGUAUGAUACAGUGGUGGAGUUAAGGAAAUUUUCGAUUAAUUUUGUUACACUAAAGUACUUCUGUUAUCGGUCAGUUACACGUGCCAAGAUAUAUUCUGUAGAUAGCACUAGCCGCGUAAUUAAAAAGUAAAAUUCAAUAGUAUAACAUCUCCGACGUAUACAUUUUUAGGAAAACGUUAUAAUAUAUCCUUGUCACGAGCCUUCUAUAUCUUAAUAUGUGGCCAAUUUUUUGAGGACGCCUUUGAUUUGCACUAUUGCAGGAAGCCAAAAAUAGUGUUUAUAAUUUUCGCCAUUGUAGAUAAUCGAGAAUAGUGUUUGCAAUUUGAAAUAUUGAUACAAAGUAUACAUUAUGUUGCAUAUAUUUCGAAUAAAUUUUAGUGGAAAUUAACUACAGCCCUGACCUACAGGUGUAACUCAGAUAGGAGGUGGGUGGUAUAUUAGAUAUUAUCGACAUGGACGCGUAUAAGGACCACAGAGACAGGUUCACCCCGACACCUCUCCACCGCCAAUCAUCCCCUAAGGAGAAUUUGUGAUAUACGGCUUGCAACGAUUAUUCCACAAUAUAAUUUAAAAUUUAUUAUAUUCGAUAAUCGACUUGAGACUCCAAUAGUUAUAUUAUAUACGCAUACACCAGUCACCAGACCAUACAGGUCGUUUAUAUAUAUUAUUAUAUGAAAUAACUAUCUUAUGAUUUUUUUUUUUUUGAGAAAUGCGAUAGAAUUCAUUAUUUUCUCCCUUAGUUCGAUUCACAUGCGUAUUUGACCGCCCGUCGGGUGGAUCCGUCCGCCCGUUCUUCAUACCCUCUGCACCUAACCGCCAUCAACCAUCAACCGUCGCCUGUGCCAUUAUACGAUGCUCUCGGCUGGGGCUCCGAAAUAAAAUAUAUAAUAGGUAUCUUCUGCGACUUAUUUAAUAUGAUCAUUGUAUAAAACGGUUUUCGAACAUUUACUUGUUUUGUCGAUUUAUUAUUAUUAUUUUCAAGUUGGUUUCAAUAAAUUCUUGUACCCAAACGAUACAAUCGUCUGCAGGGGACUAUCCGUCCGACCCAAACCAUUUACAAAGAUCUGCACAUGGUUCAUAUAAUAUAUAAUACACCGGAUACGACCCAUGUCAACGAUUUUUAUGAGUUUCGUGUGUGUGUGUGUGUGGUUUUUAUUCUUAUAAUACUAUUUUCAUAUAUUGAUUUUAUUUAUUUUCUGCUUCAAAGAUCUUUCUUUUUUUCUUUAAAAUUUUUAAAACACGAUUUCUAAACACCAUUAAAAUGACCAUCCCUACGUGGUCAUAAAUAUUUUACAUUUGACAAAGGUUUGACGUGUACCAUAUAUGGAUCGUUUGUAUUGUGUGUUCUCGUAGCAACAAUUGUUAAAGAAUCCUCUUUUCAUUUAUUGUGACCUAAAAACACGUAUUUUAAACACUCACAAUGUACUUUAAAGACAUUUUGUUGGACCACCCUCUACGAGGGACCGUAAUCUGUACACGUGUUUGCCACAUCAUAUUAUACGCAACGCGUACCAGCUAUUUCAUCAUUUUCUGUUUUUUUUUUAAGUUUUAAAAGUAUAAUUCUACCAUACACAUUUUAAGAUAUUAACUUGAUUUUCAAGUUAAGUAUAUAACUUAUGUACAUUUUAUGAAGGCAAUAUCUGAUAUAUUUUUCAUAUGUUUCUCUUUUGCAUCAAGUCGGCUAUCAUCCAAAUUACUAGAGGUCUCGAUUCAUACCACUUUGAUAAGUUCAAUCAUUCAUAACGAGCAAUCGACAUUACAUAUGAAUGCAUUGACAUUUUAUAUGUAACUAAUUAUAAGGAAAUACAAAUUUUGUAUCGGUAAAAAAAUAAAUUAUUAUUAAGUUUUACGAAAGACGGAAGGUGAUAUUAUAUUAUAUUAUAAUUUAGAAAAUGUGUACAUUUGAGCACGUAAUAUAUCGAUAUUUACAAUUAUCAGAAAAUGCAGCAGGACAAUUAUUAUAAUUAUUAUAUGGAUAUUGAGUAUUUUAAAAGUUUAUUAUAGGUACUCUUAAAUAAUAAUAUUUCACGUCAAGUCAAGAAUAUCAUUAUCUGUAUACAUACAUCUGAGGGCUUAUUAUCAACGUCCAGAGGUUAUGACCAUUUUUGAAAAAAAAAACAGUAAAAUAAAUAACUCUGAACCGUAAUAAAACUAAUGGAAAACACGUGUAUUUAAUAUGUCUGAUAAAUCUGACAAUAAGAUAAUAAAAAAAAAAAAACAUUAAUUUUUUCCCUUAUUAUUCCGUUUGAUGUUAAAUUUCAGAUUUUUUAUGUAAGUAGUCCGAUUUUCGUUAUUGAUAAAGUAUUAUCGAAUAUACUUAUUUUGUAUAAUCAAUGAUCACAUGAAAAUAUUACGUCUAUAUUGAAUUUAUACAUAUUAGGAGGGGCCCAUACGUUUAAUUCUGUCUCCCGUAAAGACCAGUUGCUACCGUGAAAAGAGUUUUAUUUUAUAUAUUUUAUAACUAUAUGAAUAAAAUGGAUAAUACUCUAUAAUUUCAUAUACACAACUACUUCAAUAAUUUAUAAUACAUCACAUCAAUACUAUUUUUUUUUAUAAAAUAUUUUAAUCAUUAUAUUAUCAUACUAUAUUGUAUCAUUAUUAUACUAUACACAAUAAAUAUGUGGUAUUACAUCUUUUAAACAUUGUCCCUACUUAUCAUCGGCAGCCAUCACGUUCACCUACCUAAACAUAUAAUGUUGAUCUCGGGUAUAUUGAUUUUUUUGACCUUCAACGAAUAAUGAGACUACACAUAUUAUUACUAUUACUAUUAUUAUAAUUAUCAUUGCGUUGUUGUAUUUUGCUUAUAAUAUAAUGCAUGUAUAUAUAGAAUUACGGUUAAAAUAAUUUUGCUAAAUCGUAAAUGGAAAAUUAUUUUUCGCGCUGCAUCUAUAUUUUUUAACUUUGUUUAUAUUAACAAUAUCUAACUAUCUAAGAUAUUUUAAUAAUAACUGUUUGCUUUAUUUAUACUCACAGUUUUCUUUAAUAUCAAUCAUUCAUAAUUUCCACGUUCACAUAAUCACAUUAUUUUAUAUUAUCUAGUCAUCAUUUAUGACCAAACCGAAUGUACAAAUGAAUAAUUAUUGGUAAAUGUGCUUCGAACAAUUUGUAAACUGAUUUUUAAUAUGUAAUUAUCUACCUUAAUUUAAUCAUAAACUUAAUUUUAUUUAUAUCAUAUACCAUAUAGUUAUAGACAAUUAUAUAGUUUUAUACCUUAUUCAUUAAGGGACUAUAGCAAAUCAAUUUUGUUUAUCUCUGUUCGUUGAACCAGGUAACUUAUGCAAUAUAAUCACAUAAACCUUUAUUAUAUGCUUUGAAUAUAUUACCUAUACAUAUAUAUAUAUAUAUAUA